GUUCUCUAACAGGAAUCAACAGAUUUGAGAAGAGAGCUGACCACAGAGCUAGUCAAGAGUGUUCUUGUCCAAGUGAGUCAGUAACUGUCAGCGUCAAAUACUCAGAGAGAACUAUCAAAAAGUCAGCCUUUGUCUCAACUGCACAAAACAAAGAAGAGAUGGGAUCGUUCCUGCUUCCAGUCAUGGUGCUGAGUAUGCUGCUGUUGACCACGACUGUCCAAGCUCAAAGCAACGGAAGUACGGGUCUGAAGCUGUGUGGACGGGAGUUCUUGCGCUCCGUGGUCUACAUGUGUGGGGGUUCCAGGUGGAGACGGGAACUUACUGGGCCAUCAUCUGAAGGUUACUACAGUGACCCGACUGGCCUGGAAUCCACCGAGAGCCCUCUUGAGACACAACGACAGAGGCGAGAUAUGACCCAGCUCCUCAGCGUCAUCUGCUGUCAGGCCAGACAUGGAAAGGUGACACAUCUCUUUGAUGGCCAAAGUCACACCCUACCUUCUGUACCAGCAUAG